GAGCGCGUGAGAGCCCACCACCGUCAGUGUGGUGCAGGAAGGCGUGUGGAGCGGGCUGUGUCAACCUGUCUCGGCUCAGUUACCAUCACUGAGGACUUACGAGUGUAUCGAAUCUUCUUCUUCCCAGUGCCCCUCUGGCCUCUUACUGCGUCUCAGCGCCCACUGACACUGCAUUUAUCUUUGUUCGUAAAUUUAGGAAGCCUACUCGACAGUGUUCAUUUCCGUCACCACACACAAUGCGCAACACGACAUCGACCUCAGGGGACGACGGCGCCGUCGCUGGCGAUCACAUUGUGGUCACAGACGACCCCAACACUCAGGAGAAAACGCCUGGACACCUAGCGUCGGAUAACGCCAGCAACGCAGACAGCGCGCUGGUGACUACAAAGUCAACCCCAGCAGACAACACGCAGGUGACGGCAGUGACCGCGAAGUCAACCCCAGCAGAAGUGGACUCGGACUCUAAACCUACAAGCAGCAACAAGCGAGACAGCAGUUGUCUGAGCCGGGUGAGCAGGUGGGUGACGCGGGGCCUGGAGGAGGUGUUCGAGGGCCACGGCGCCCGUGUCGCGGCUCAUCCAACAGCGGUGGCUGCUCUCUGCGUCCUGGUGUCUGCAGUCUGCGCACUGGGGGCCCUCAACUUCUCCACAGAACUUCGUCCUUAUCGACUGUGGAUCCCUCAGGACUCGGAAUACAUUAAAGUAAUGAACUGGCAGUCAGUGAACUUCCCUAGCACGUUCCGGCGCCACCUGGCUGUGUGGGAGGCAGACAAUAUACUGACGGCCCGAGCAGUACAGGAGAUGUGGCGCCUGCACUCCCGCGUCAAGCACAUCGCCGUCGGGGUGAACCACACCUCCUGGGAUGCUCUCUGCGCCCGUGUUCCCUCUCUGCCUAUGGAUGACGAGCCACCAAAAGAAGACGAUUCAGAUUUUGAGUACGGGGUUCUGCAGUUCCGACGACGACGCCGGGAUCUAUUUCAAACUAUAACAGAAGACUUGAGCCUUAAACUUCCCCGUGAUCAGUACUGCGAUAGUGUUAUAAGCCUACCCAAGAUGUGUCUUGAAACCAGCCUGCUCGAAGUGUGGGGUCUGAAUGAGAAUAUUAUCAGGAACCUAACAGAUGAGCAAGUGGUAGAAGAUGUCAAUUCGGCACGACUGAGCGAAGUCUUCGGUUACAAAGUGAACUUUACUAGUUACCUUGGCAGCGUCACAUAUGACGAGGCGGGGCGAGUGGUGGGUGCCAGAGCUGCCAUGCAUAUGUGGGUGACGGUAGUGAACCAGACCGCCCUCGACCAAGGGAACAUCGUAGUGGACCAGGGUAGCGGGGAGCUGGUCGACACGGCUGGCUUUACCUGGGAGAAGGCGUGGGUGGACACCGUUCUUAACAACACCUCUCGACCAAAGGACAUUCUUGUGUAUGCGCAGGCCGCCAGUAGCUUCGGCAGUGUUAGUGACGAUAAUAUUUGGGGUGAUGUUCAGUGGUUGGCCGUCGGCUUUAUGAUGAUGUGCAUCUUUGUAAACCUGACAUUGGGACGAAGAAAUCUUGUUCAACAACGCCCAAUGCUAGCUUUCCUGGGAAUGUUCAGUGUAGGGCAGGCCGUGGCGGUGUCUUAUGGUGUAUGCUCAUUCUUCGGUGUUCCCUACUGCCCGGUUAACUCCAUUCUGCCGAUUCUCUUGGUGGGAUUGGGCGUGGACGACAUGUUCGUCAUCAUGGCAGCAUGGGAGGCAGCUGGCCGACAUAAACCUAUCUCUGGGAAUCAUAUAGAACGCGCUGGUCGAACAAUGCGUCAUGCGGGUGUAGCCAUCACUGUCACCUCACUGACUGAUGUGACUGCCUUUGCCGUAGGAGCGUCAACAGACUUGCCUGCCUUGCGGUCUUUCUGUCUGUACGCUGCCGUCGGCAUAUUUGCAGUGUAUGUACUGCAAGCUACUUUUUUCUUAGCGUGGCUGGUGCAAGAUGAAAAACGAAUGGAAAAAAAUAAAAAUGGUUUUUUGUGGUGCAUAACACACAAAAACUGGAAACCGUGGGGCUGCAGCAAGAGGGACUUGCUAUCAGACGCCUUCAAAUAUGUCUUCUGUCCAUUUAUUUUGUGGACUCCAGUUCGCGUCUUAAUCCUAGUAUGUUCGAGCUGCCUCUUGGCCUCCUCAGUCUGGGCUACUAUGAACCUGCACCAGGAGUUUAACCCAAUGUGGUUCAUACCGCGCUCAUCUUAUCUGUAUGAAAUGUUUGAAGUCUCCACAAAACACUUCCCUGGAGCAGGAGAGCGUGGCUACAUAUACUUCUCCAACGUUACCUUACCAGAUGAGUUAAGUAACCUAAAUCAUCUCAUAAAUUCUCUGACGGAAAGCAAAGUGAUAAGCUCAGUGAACGCUUGGUUUACGGCGCUGGACGAGUAUAUGUCCUUUAUACCAGAGUUACUGAACACUACUCUUACGGACACCUUACUACAAGACACGCUCUCCGUCUUCCUCCAGUCCUCGUCGGGGGCCUCCUAUCGCAAUGACUUCACUCUGGACGGCGUUCUUGAAUGUAAAUACCCAGCUCCUCCUAUCAGUUCAUUUAGAAUUGAAUUCACCCAUCGGCCAGCAAACUCUCCAGCAGAACAAGCCACAGCCUUAGAAACUGUAAAGACCAUACUAGCAGACAUACCAGUUGGCGGCUACAGGGCUGCGUGGGCCGAGGCUUACAGCAUAUGGGAAACUAAUCAAAUAAUCGGGUACGAAUUGUGGAGGAACAUUUUACUAGCUGGGUUAGUGGUGGGUAUCGUCACACUCCUGCUCCUGGCGUCACUCUCCGCUGCCAUGCUCGUGCUAGGGUGCGUAGCUGCCACAGUCACUGGGGUGUCGGGCACCAUCUGGGCGUGGGGUCUUACUGUCGACACUGUUUCCUGCAUCGCUAUUGUCCUCGCCAUCGGGCUGAGUGUGGACUACGCAGCACAUGUGGCCCAUGCCUUCCUGGCCACACGCCAUGUCCUCGACAAAAAGGAAAGAGUCCACGUGGCUCUGGAAAAUGUAGGCCCCGCCGUCCUGCAGGGUGGGCUCUCAACACUCCUCUCCUUCGUCCUCCUCGCUGGGUCCUCGUCCCAUGUGUUUACGACUUUCUUUAAAGUAUUUGUAGCAACAUCCAUAUUAGGUCUUUACUAUGGACUUGUUCUCCUUCCCGUGAUCCUAUCUCUAAUAGGCCCAGAAGCGUAUGCUACUACCGAAGAGCCUAGUGGCAGCCCUCAGACAUCCUCCCCCGACAGUGUAGACGAGGUAGCGGAGCACCCACAGGCGUACACAAACUCGGCUUACUUUCCUGAGCACAAAUGUAAAACCAAAGAAGUUUCCAUAGCAUUGUGACAGUCCAUAUUUUAGUGCAUUACUUUGUACAUAGUGAACCUUUUAAUUCCUUUCUGUGAUAUAACAUUUUUAAACCUAUUUUUUACAAGCCGUGCAUAACCAACUUGUAUUAUUUAUAAUUUUGAACAUUUUGUAUUUAUUUAUUUAAAAGUGGAUGGCGCAAUUGGCUAAAAACGAAAGGGACCAGAAUUCGGUUCUCUGGCAUGUUUCCUUACGCCUGGUACCUCUGCUCACUUACCAGUAAAUUGGUAAAUGAACCUAACCUGGCAGUUAGGCGACUGUUAUAGGUCGCAUCCUGGGAAAAGCCAGCUUAUGGGGACCUGGAUAUGCCAAACAGGCUUUCUGUCCCUAUCAGUGGGAAAACCAUGUUACCGUUACUCUCAAACUGAUACUAUACUACUAACAUAUAAUUUAAUUCACGAUCAUUAAAUAUUGUCCAAAGUUCAGAAAAUGUCUCCUUGGCAAUAAAAUGUAUUUUUUGACCUAUGUAUUUUUCUGGGUAUUGCUAUUUUGUCACAGUUGGUGAUAGACCUUACAAUGACCUUACAAUGACCAUGGCAUGACAAGGAAGUUACUGACAACAGUGAAAGCUCCAUUUUGUAGCCUAACCUCUGUAGUCUACGCAAAGAGUAUUAAAUAGCAUGAUUUGAAUCCCAUACUCAAGUUCAUGAAUAAUAGUAAGAAAUGUUACAAUUAAGAAGAAGAAAUGAGUAUGUUACAAUUAUGUUUUAAAGAGUUAAGCGCAAUUAAGGAUGAUAAAGAAUCACAAUUAAUGUA